CUGCUCACAUUAAAUGCAUUCCCUUUAUAUAUAAGGAAACAAACACUCCUUCCAUUAGACAUAACCUCACUAAAAUUAAACACUUUUAGGAACUUCAUCAACCAAAAGUGGGGGAGAGAGAAAAAAAAAGGAAAAAAAAAAAACACGCACACACACAGUAGUACGUAGAGGCAGGAAGCAGUUUUCUUGUAUGUUCAGAACAUAUAUAUAAACCUUUGUGGAUUGUUCAGAACAAACAACCAACACUUCAAAAAUCUCAUCUCCCCUAUAUUUCCUCCACUAAAUACGCUGUCGUUUCACCGCCAUGUUCUCCCCUGCUCUGUAACUCCUCCCUAAUCCAGCUUUCUUAAAAUAUUAGCAUAAAAGCCAGUGCUUCUUUUUUUUUCUUAAUAAAAAAACUUCCCCUUACAAGUAGCAUUUCAUUAGGAAUUUUUUUAUUCUUUUUCUGGGUUACAUGUUAAAGGGCAAAAUGUCGCGGGUUGCUGCAAAUGUCUCCCCGCUGACGGCGGUGUUUGAUCGGAUGCAGGCGGUUCAGUUGUCUUCAUCCCCCAGCGCGUGUGCUUCACCAACUCUAGGACAGCUGCUGAAACGCGUUGGCGAUGCCAGUAAGGAGUCCCACGGCGAUGAGACCCCGGCUCAUCAGGUCCUUGACGUCAGCGACGGUGGAAUGGACCGCGCGCUUCCGUUCGUUCUCUCCUUCAACAACCUCACUUACAGCGUGAAAAUUCGCCGGAAGAUGGCUUUGCCGGCGAUAUUCAGCCGCGCCAAACUCGGCGGAGCGGGCGCCGCAGCAGCCGAACCCACCGCCGGAGAAACUCUGUUCACCAAGACCAAAGUCCUCCUCAACGACAUCUCCGGCGAGGCGCGUGAUGGCGAAAUCAUGGCUGUUCUCGGCGCCUCGGGUUCCGGAAAAUCCACUCUCAUCGACGCAUUGGCCAACCGCAUAGCGAAGGAGAGCUUGAAAGGAACCAUCACCCUCAACGGCGAGCACCUGGAAUCACGGCUGCUCAAAGUCAUCUCCGCUUACGUCAUGCAAGACGAUCUCCUCUACCCCAUGCUCACCGUCGAAGAAACCCUAAUGUUCGCCGCCGAGUUCCGCCUCCCGCGGACUCUAUCCACCUCCAAGAAGAGAGCCAGAGUCCAGGCCUUGAUUGAUCAAUUAGGCCUCCGGAACGCCGCGAAAACCGUCAUCGGAGACGAAGGCCACCGCGGAGUAUCCGGAGGAGAACGGCGGAGGGUGUCCAUCGGAAUUGACAUCAUCCACGAUCCCAUAAUCCUGUUCCUGGAUGAGCCGACCUCGGGACUGGAUUCCACAAGUGCAUAUAUGGUGGUCAAGGUUCUACAGCGAAUCGCUCAAAGUGGCAGCAUCGUAAUUAUGUCCAUCCACCAGCCCAGUUAUCGAAUCCUCGGGAUCCUUGAUAGACUGAUUUUCCUGUCACGUGGCCAGCCGGUUUACAGCGGGCCGCCCAGUAAUCUCCCCCAAUUCUUCGCGGAUUUCGGGCACCCGAUUCCGGACAACGAGAACCGGACCGAAUUCGCUCUGGAUUUGAUCCGGGAACUGGAAGGCUCACCGGGAGGUACUCGAAGCUUGGUGGAAUUCAACAAGAAUUGGCAGAACAUGAAACGCGGAGCCGCCGCCACGGGUCUUCCCACCGCCACCCCGGCUUCUCCAACUCGGGGCUUAUCGUUGAAGGAAGCAAUAAGUGCCAGCAUUUCAAGGGGAAAAUUAGUCUCCGGCGCCACCAACAAAGACGCAAGUCCUGCCUCAAUGGUCCCCACUUACGCCAACCCGUUCUGGGUCGAAAUGGCGGUCUUAUCACGAAGGUCAUUCAAGAAUUCCCGCCGGAUGCCCGAACUUUUCGGGAUCCGGAUGGGCGCGGUCCUGGUCACCGGGUUCAUCUUGGCAACCAUGUUCUGGCAGCUGGAUAACUCUCCCAAAGGAAUUCAAGAAAGGUUAGGGUUUUUCGCGUUCGCGAUGUCGACCACAUUCUACACCUGUGCGGACGCGCUGCCCGUUUUCCUGCAAGAGAGGUACAUAUUCAUGCGGGAGACGGCUUACAACGCGUACAGGAGGAUCUCUUAUUGUCUCUCCCACGCAUUGGUAUCCUUGCCGUCGUUAAUAUUCUUAUCGUUAGCGUUCGCUUCGAUAACAUUCUGGGCGGUCGGGUUAGACGGCGGGUCAUCCGGGUUCAUGUUCUAUUUCGCCAUCAUAUUAGCCUCAUUCUGGGCGGGGAAUUCGUUCGUGACAUUCCUGUCAGGUGUGGUCCCGCACGUGAUGCUGGGUUACACGAUUGUGGUGGCAAUCCUAGCUUACUUCUUGCUCUUCAGCGGGUUCUUCAUCAACCGGGACCGGAUCCCGGCGUACUGGAUUUGGUUCCAUUACAUUUCGUUGGUUAAGUAUCCGUACGAGGCGGUGCUCCAGAACGAGUUCGACAACCCAUUGAAGUGUUUCGUUCGGGGGAUCCAGAUUUUCGACAAUACCCCGUUGGGAGUGGUUCCGGAUUCGUUGAAAAGCAAGUUAUUGGACAGCAUGAGCAAUACGCUGGGAAUGAGGAUCACCAACUCGACGUGCGUCACCACCGGCGUCGACAUUUUGAAACAGCAAGGUGUUACCGAGCUCAGCAAGUGGGCCUGCCUUUACAUCACCAUUGCUUGGGGUUUCUUCUUCAGGAUCUUGUUUUACUUCUCCUUGUUACUAGGAAGUAAAAACAAGAGGCGGUAAAAAAAGUUAAAAACAAACAAAUGGUGUAUAAGGUUUUUUUUUUUACCACAGAUGUUUGAGGGAAAAGAUGAUGUAAUUUUUCCUUCGUUUUUUUUAAAAAUUUCGGGGAAUGUAAUUUUUUUUUUGGUUAAUUUAAUACUUGUUAUUAGGUGUUCGACAAAUACAAAUAUAAGAUAUUAUUGAGUUGAAAUAAAUUUUUGAUGUGCCAUGCUUUAUUUGUUGUUGUAGUAGUAGUAUAUGUGUAGUGUAGGGCUUGAGGUUUACGUAAAUAUGUAUAAAUGUAGGUGACCUAGAAAUCUUAAACAAUGAAAUAAAUGUAUGCAUAUGUUUGGUC